AUGCCGGCGGAGCUGUCUAUGGGCGACCGUUUGAGUUCUAGUGAAACAACUAGCUCAGACGGCAUAUCUCAAACAGGCGAUGAUUCCGAGGAAUGGGCUGAUUGCCAGACGUCCAUCGGACAAAAUGCAACCGGUGAAAAACGACUCGUAACGCCGGAUUCUGAUUUCCGCGCUACAUCGCAACAGCAAGCAAGCAAUGAAAACAAAAUCCCUACAACGACAAAUACUCCGUCGUUGUCAAGGGAAUCAUCAGAAGACAGUCACGGCAAACCUUUCACAGGGGGUGUGUUAUUCGGGGCUGGGUUUCCAUCCGGCCCACCACCUUCGGGCAAUGUAAUUGUCCUUCCCAAAGGGGAAGAAGGGCAAAUUCUACGAUUUCGAGAAGCUAGCGACUCGGAAUGGGAUGCCGUUAUGGAAAACCAAAAGAAGAAAGUUCCACCUUCUCGUUAUAUGCAACGCAGAGAAACUUCAGAUAAUAACCCAAGAAAUGAUGAUGUUGAGCAGCCUCCACCACGCUCCGCUAGAACGGCUUAUGAUCGACGACGGGGCUACGGAGCUCCUGGCCAACAAGUGGGCUAUGGAGCACCUGCCAAUGAAUUAGGCUACGGAGCUGCAGGCAAACAAGGCUACGAAAACCAGAACGAACAGCGUAGAAGAGAUGUGGAAUCGAGGACACGUCCCGCUGAGUCUUCUGCGGAAAAGCCACGACGAGAAGAUGCUACCCAGCAAUCGGUAUUGAAAGCGG